AUGGAGAUAGACGCCGUCUUCGGAAUCGACUGGAACCUCAGCGCGCGCGAAGCCAUUACCAAGGUAAAGGGGCAAGCGCACGAGGAUAAGGUCGACAAGACGCCGGCCCUGGCUGCUGGCGGCGACGAGGAGAUGGCUGCGGCGCCGGCCGCUGCCGCCCAAGACGCGGCCACUAACCAGGCCGGCGCGAAGCUGGUGUCCUUCCUGUCGCGGGCGAAGACAGUGAACAAGCUGCAGGCCGCGCUCCAGCAAAUCCUGAACAGGAAACAGGAGCCCGCUGCGCUGGGCGCCGCGCUGGUGCACUGCGCUGGGCGGGGCAACGGCAGCUGCGUGAGCGCGCUGCUGGAGGCGGGCGCGCCCGUGGACGCGCGGGCGCCGGCGGCCGAGGGCGGGCACACUGCCCUGCAGCUGGCGGCCAGCCGCGGGCACGUGGCUGCCUGCAGCACGGACAGCGCCCGCAGCUGA